AUGAGUAGUUUGGUCAAGAAAGGAAGUCAGUUUGCUCCAAAGUUAAAGAAUCCAGUUAGGAAGAAAGCAAACCCCAAAGCAACAGCCACUCCCGAGCCUUCCCAGAAAAGUCAAUCUAGUGCAUCAGAAACACGCACCAAACCCUUAUCAGAUCAGCUAGAUACUCCUCCUACCACACAAGUGGUAAAACCCCGUACAUCUUUUAGUAUCAAGGGGACUAUUAAUAGACUGGUAGCCUUAGAUGAUGCCGUGGAUCCAAUAGACGAUCUGAAGCCCCAGGAUUCGGCCAUUGCGGAUAGCUCUGACGAGGAAGAUGAGGCACUUAAAGAGCAUGCACAAAGCCUACGGAGAGCCUCAUCGCGAAGGUUAUCUGGAAUCAAUCCAGGUUUCAGAAGUCGAUCUGCUUCAGUCUCUCAUCGGCCAGGUCAUGAAGAUACACAAUCAGCAGCUGCUAGAAUCGUAGUGCCACAACCACCCAAAACCGGCAAGAGAAGGAGGUCGCUGGUGAGUACUCGGAAUACAAAGAGGGCUUCAGUAGCUGCACCUGUCACUGCACCAGCUCUCAAGCCUUCACUGGUCGUGCCUGUUCCAACAGCUCAUAAUACUGCCCAUUCCCCAUCAGUACCCUCAUCCUCAUCAUCAUCCUCGACAACUACCACUUCGAGGAUAUUGAAUUCAAAUGUUAGUCACUUGUUCCCCGCAUUAAGGAAAUCUGCUGCUCCGUUGAGUAUGAUAAUGAAUGAACCCGAGGCUGGGUCUCCACCACUGCCUCUUGACCGUAAAGAAGAUGUGAAUAUAGUCAGUAAGGAGUUUGUUGUGGGGAUUGAUCCUAGGACUAACAAGUUACGCAAAUUUAGACGUCCAAAUGCUCCGAAACCAGAAAUCAAGCAAGAGGACGGAUUCACGAGGGUAGCAGAUGAGCCGUUGGAUGAUUUGGUUCCUAUUGCACCAGACAAUUUAGUCACAACAGUAACCAGCAUCAGUCAGAUUCCAUCGGGUAUUAAAGACGAAGAUUUGGAGUUGUAUGGGGAACUUAAUUUCAACUAUGAAGGCAUGACAAUGGCUGAUUUAUGUAAACCAACUUUGAAAAUUGGUGAUGUCAGCUCUAGUUUCAAACUAGCGCAAGAAGCAGAGGCUCAAUUGAAACAGAAGAAAAUGCAAAGGAAAUUGGAUAGAAUAAGGGCAAGACAAGAACGAAUCUCUUUAGAAGAGGCCACAUUGAAAAAUGAAGGUAAAACUGACGAAGAGAUUCAGCAUGAAAAGGAAGGUAAGAAAGCAAAACGUGGACCAGAUGUACUAAAUUUUGAAGAGGAGGCACCGUCUUCAUCGUCAGCGUUGCAGCUUACAUUAGUUGACGGAAAAAUUGGCUACAAUGAGGAAUCCGCCGUUGUUGUGAAGCCUCGAGCUGAUGCGUCUGGACGUACAGUAGAAGAUUCGAAUCCCUUUGCAAAUCCAGUCACAUCUACAACCUACAGCAAGAGAACAUACACUGACAAGUGGACGCCAGAUGAAUUAAAUGAAUUUUAUCAAGCCUUGAGUAUGUUCGGUACCGAUUUUUCCUUAAUCUCACAAUUGUACCCUCAUCGCACGAGAAAGCAAAUCAAGUCAAAGUUUGUGUUGGAGGAGAGAAAGUAUCCCGAAGUGAUUGAACUAGCGUUGAAGAGGAAGCUUCCUGUUGAUUUCAAAAAAUAUUGUGAAGCAACUAAUAACGAAAUAAAGACAAUCGAACAAUAUAAUGAAGAGUUGAAGAAGGUGAGAUUAGAGCAUGAACAAAGUAUGAAUGCCAUUGCGAUUGAAAGGGAGAAGGCAUUCAAAGAAGAUGCUGAGGCUAAUAGGAGACGGGAAAUUGAAAUCCGAACCGGGUUUACUGGAUCAAAAGCAAUGACAACGGCUGAAAGGAGAAAGGAGUUGAGAAAGAAUGAAACUGUCGUUGGAACCAUUGAUGAUAUCAAGCAUCGUUGA